UCUGUGACCCUGUCCCCGCACCGCCAGUCCGCCAUCGGCCACCGCAACAGUGCAGAAACAGAGCUAACCCUGAUCCUCCCCUCGCAGCCUGCCUGCCACCAUCAGCGGCGCUACACCUCGCCGCUGCCGCCGCUGGGGAUAAACAAACGGAACGAACGCAGGUUCACCUCGGAUCUGCGGCUCGCCGGACUCCGAACGAACGUCACGUCACUGAACGGACGCCACAGAUUUGGCCUGCUCCGCCCCACGGGACGCCUAGCCGGAUUUGACAGCUCCACGCGCGCGCGCGCGCGCACCCAACCCGCGUCUUCUCCGGCCUGCCAGUGCCGCGGCCGGGGCUCCAUCCCCAUCCAUGCAUUCGCCGAGGUCGCGCAUUCGCGUCCGCGACCCACACCCAAACCCGCACCGGCCCUCGGGUGGCGGACGAGGAGGAGGAGGAGGAUGCCUCCGCCGCCGGUCACCGCCUGCUCCGCCCUCCCCGCGUUACCGGCGACGCCCGCAGAGGCACACCCCGCCGCCGCGGCGCGGCAGCGAUCCUCACCCCGACAUCUCCGCCAUCGCCCGCCACCGCAUCCUGCUCGAGGCCGGCCGCUUCGCCGCGCAUUACCUGGUCGCCCAGGGCGUCCUCCCCGACCACGUGCUCAGGGACAGGGAAGACCCGCCCGCCAGCCGCGGGAGGAAUCUAGACGGCGGCGGCGAUCCUAGAUCGAGCUGGAACGAUGGGGACUGGGCCCGCGCCUGGGAGGAUGACGACAGGCAGGCACGGAAGUCGACGAGAUGGGACAGGAGAAGCCAGAGCUUUGACGACAGGGGUAAAAAGUACCACGACGCCGGCCGUGAUGUAGACCGGGGUGCCCGCCGGACUCGAGAUUACGAUGAGCCCAGGAGACCUCCGAUGUCGAGAUCCUACUCGCAUAACGACCGCCGCCCUUCCGGCUCCGCUGAUGGCGGCAGAGUGGAUCCAAGGAGCAGGAGCAGGAGUAGAAGCAGGGCCAGGAUCCGCAGAGAUUUGGAUCACACCAAGGUGACAGACUCUGGCAUUAUUCCUGCUGAUGCUGCUGAUGAUGGAGACUGUGAUGUGCACUACGGUCAUGUUGAUGAAAUGCCAAGGCAGCAGCGGAGGGUGCCUAGUUCAGUGGUGGUUGCAGACAGUGCCGAUCAGGCAAUGGCUACCGAAGACGGGGAGGCGGAGUUCGAUAUCCAUGGACUGAAUCGCACUCGAGACGUUUCUGAAGACGAGGACGGUGAGUUUGCAGCUGCUCGCUUGAAUGGUGAAGAUGAUGUUCAUCCGUUGAAAUCUGUUAAGGAACCGGCCUUGCAUAGGGGGUCCCAGCUCAGCAAUGCCGUAGAGGACAGGGAAGCUGCCAAUGCACCCACCAUGGUCAUGGAUGCUUGUACGAGGGAAACAUCAGGUGAGGACAAUGCCUACUCUGAAGCAACAAAUGAAAUGGUGGCUCCACAUCCACAUAGUGAAGGUAAACCAGAGCUGCCAGCUUCGUGCAGACCUUUUGACCUCAACGUCGUCGAAACUCCAGAUGCCUGUGAAAUGGCUGGUGAUCCUCAAGCAGACCAUGUUUCUGAUUUAGUUGGCUGGAUACACCAGCAAACUAACUGCCAUGCUUCAGAAUUUCAAGGUCAAGAUGAGCGUCACAUGCUGAAGAAUGGGCACGACUUGAUUAGGUAUGAUCUGAACAGCGAGGCUGUUGAAGACGCACAGGAUAUUCACCUGCUGGAGGAUGAGAAAUUACCUGUAGGUCUUGGCAUUGAUGCGCAUGAUACGACUAGAAUCCAAUGUUGGCGCGGUUCGCAUUUACGUCUGAAUCAAAAUGCUGGUGAGCUGGAACAUGAAAACGACUGUGUGAUUGGUGAGCAGCUGCUGCUAAGUGAUGGCAUGGAUGGACAUCUUGUCCGCGAUUACCAAAUGGCGUCAGAACCCAAGAUGGGUGUCUAUGAUUUGCACAGCUACAAUCUGGAAAGCGAGAAAAUGCUCCUAGAUGAUGGUGCAGAGAAACACGCACAUGAUAAUUGCCAUCUACACGACGGGCAAGUGCUUUUCAAUCAGUCUGCGAAUCUACAGGCUCACAAUAGGGCCAAUGAGCGAACAAUUCCUGUGAUCAAUCUCGAAGAUGAUGAUUAUGAAGAGCAGUCUGAUAUCAGGGAGUUUCUCGAAUCCAAGUAA